CAUAGUAUCUUUUUCUUCCAUGCUUCACUGAAUCAGGCUAAUUUUGGCGUUUCGUCGAAUCAUGACAGCUCAAAUUUGUAGCGGAACUUAGUGUUUUCUUCGUUCGUUAGGAAGAAAGAUUCAUAUUUGUGCUGGUAUUUCUUCUCUUAAUCAGAAAGGCAGGUGAAAUAUGAGAAAAAGGGAGGCUGUAGUUGCUGCUAAUGGAGUAAAUCUGAAGCAUAAUGGUCUAAUGGAGAGUAAACCGGAACAAGAUUCUUGGCGGCAGGAGAAGAAGAAACCGGUUGAGCCAACAAGUUUGAGCAGCGGUUCAGAAAUAGAAGAGGAGAACAGUGUGGGAUCUCCGAAACGAGUGUCUAAUAGAAAACGUAAACGGUCUAUAGCUGAUGAAGCUAAAGUGGGUAAAACCAAAUCUUCAAGAAAGAAGAAAGCUGCAGAGAAAAGAAACGGUGAUGAUGAAAAGAAGUGUGAAGAGAAAUUGAAGCAGAGAAGCUCUGUUAAAAGAAGAGGUAAAGAAGAAGAGAAGCUGGAGCAAAGCAUUUACGUUCUUGAAAACGAGACAGAUGUUGUUUACGGCUCAUGUUCACACUCUGACUCAGAUUUGUCAGACUCUAAUCCGAAAAACGGAAACUUUAAUGAUUGCAGAAGCAUGACAAGGAGUUUAAGGGCAGAUUUGGGAGACCUUGCAAUUUGCCAUCAAUGCUCUAAAGGGGAAAGAAGAUAUCUUUUCAUUUGCACCUUCUGUGAAGAGAGAAUGUAUUGUUUUCCUUGUAUAAAGAAAUGGUAUCCCCAUUUGUCACAGGAUGAUAUUGUGGAAAAAUGCCCUUUUUGCCGCGGAAAUUGCAACUGUUGCAUAUGUUUGCAGUCAAGUGGAUUAAUCGAGACAUCGAAGAGGAAACUCAGUAAUUUCGAAAGAUUUCAUCAUCUCCGCUACUUGAUUGGAUCGAUGCUUCCUUUCCUGAAAAAGUUAUGCAAUGCUCAAGAUCAAGAAAUCAAAACCGAGGCAGAGAUCCAAGGAUUAAUGGCCUCUCAAGUUGAUAUAUCCGAGACUCUAUGCUCAACUGAAGAGCGUGUCUUUUGUAACCAUUGUGCAACCUCAAUUGUUGACUUGCAUCGAAGCUGUCCAAAGUGUUCUUAUGAACUUUGUUUGAACUGUUGCCAAGAGAUCCGUGGAGGACGGUUUUCAGAACGCCAGGAGUCGAAAUCCGAAUUUGUCAAUAGAGGCAGCCGAUAUAUGCAUGGCGAAGAUGCAGAAAUGAGCUCUUCUUCUUCUUUUGUUCCCGAGGAUGAAGCUGAUAAUCCAUCCAUUAAGUGGACUGCUAAUGAAAAUGGAAGCAUAACGUGUGCGCCAAAAGAGCUAGGAGGUUGCGGUGACUGUGUUUUGGAGCUUAGACGAAUCCUACCGUUUACUUGGAUGUCAGAUUUGGAACAAAAGGCAGAGAAAUUCUUAGCAGCAUCUUGUAGUAUCAAUCCAACAAUGUCGUCAAGCUGCAGAUGUUCUUCUGAUUCGCAGAUGAGUAUGAUGAGGAAAGCAGCUUCGAGGAGGAACGGAUCCAGUGACAAUUACCUCUACUGUCCUGAUUCUUUUGAUGUCCUGAAGCAAGAUGAGCUUCUGCAUUUUCAAGAACAUUGGUCCAAAGGCGAACCAGUGAUUGUUCGAAACGCUCUUAACAACACACCAGGUUUAAGCUGGGAGCCAAUGGUCAUGUGGCGAGCUUUGUGCGAAAACGUUGAUCCAGAAACUAGCUCCAAGAUGUCUGACGUCAAGGCAAUCGAUUGUUUAGCUAAUUGUGAGGUAAAGAUCAAAGCUCGAGACUUUUUUGAAGGAUACAGCAAAGGAAGAACAUACCGUAACUUGUGGCCCGAGAUGCUGAAGCUGAAAGACUGGCCUCCUUCAGACAAGUUUGAAAACCUUUUGCCUCGACACUGCGAUGAGUUCAUCUCAGCAUUACCUUUCCAAGAAUACAGCGAUCCUAGAUCCGGAAUUCUCAACAUUGCUUCAAAACUUCCAGAAGGACAUCUUAAACCGGAUCUUGGUCCAAAAACUUACAUUGCAUACGGGAACUCAGAUGAGCUCGGGAGAGGCGAUUCAGUCACUAAGCUUCACUGUGAUAUGUCAGAUGCUGUUAAUAUUCUGAUGCAUACGGCAGAAGUAACACUAACUAAGGAGCAAUUGUCUGCAAUCGAAGCUCUGAAGCAGAGACACAAGCAACAGAAUGAAAAGGAGCUUCAGGAUCAAACUUGUUUAAACAGAGAAGAGUUUGUUGAUGAUGAGAACGGGUUUCAUCAUGAUGAAACAGGGAGUGCGCUUUGGGACAUAUUUAGAAGAGAAGAUGUUCCAAAGCUUGAGGAGUAUCUAAGAAAGCAUUGCAAAGAAUUCAGACAUACUUAUUGUUCUCCUGUUACAAAGGUUGAUCAUCCGAUUCAUGACCAAUCGUUUUUCUUAACCGUGGAGCAUAAAAGAAAACUUAAGGCUGAAUUUGGGAUUGAGCCAUGGACAUUUGUGCAAAAGCUAGGAGAAGCGGUGUUUAUUCCUGCUGGUUGUCCUCAUCAAGUUCGGAAUCUAAAGUCGUGCACAAAGGUAGCUGUUGAUUUUGUGUCACCAGAGAACAUUCAUGAGUGUCUCCGUUUGACAGAAGAGUUUCGACAGCUUCCAAAGAAACAUAAAGCCAGAGAAGACAAACUUGAGAUAAAGAAGAUGGUGAUCUACGCCGUCGAACAAGCUUUGAAAGAACUGGAGACAUUAUUGCCAGAUUUAAGCUAAAAGACUUUUGUUGUGACAUAUUGUUCCCAAACGCUUUAGCAUGAAAGAAACAGCAGAUUUUUUGUAGAUUGUAAAGCCAUGGCUAGUGUAUUUGGCUACUUGGCUUUUGUCCCAUUUUUAUGGAUGUAAGGCCAUUCUUUUUGGCAUAUGAAGAUUUACUAACGUUCUUUGCAUUGUUUUGUGUAGUAGCAUUACACACUAUAUGCAGAGAAAUUGUAUGAUUAUGUAUAAUACUGG